CCGCUCUUCUCGAGGGUCGCAAAUCACGAUUCAUUAGACAGACUAUAUCUUGGAAGGAUUUAUGUCAUUGAAAAUGACCAGGUUGUUACUCUACUUAGCCGUUUUCUAGAUGCUUAGUCAGCAAUGAUCAUGUAUGCUUUAAGCAGAAUAAAAGACCUUUGUACACUACAUGUUAGAAAAAAUAAGAAAAUCUGUCGAGGCUGUAUGGUGUAUAUAUGUGCCUUCCCUUUUACAUAAUUAGAGAAAAAAACUACGAGCUUGCUUGAUUGACUGCGUGUCACGUUUGUUCUGUAUUUAUGAAAAAUAAAAACGCGUUUGGUUUUGUUUUGUGAAAAUUUUCAUGCGGAUUGUUUUUGCACAAAAAAAAUAUUUGUAAUAAAGUGACACCUCAAAGGAAACGAUUCGUAACAGUAUAAUUUGCAUAUCCGAUCAAAAACAACAUUUUAUCGUUCCUUUUCUACACCUACUGUACUGUGCGAGUGCGACCGUGAAGGUUCAGAAUGUUACGUCAUUUUGCUUUCGGUGUGUGAUAUGAACUUAGGUAUUUUUUAUUUAAUACUGUUUAGUGCUUUUUCUAUAUAAUUAGUUUGCCAUUGUGAUUAUUUUAAACCUGUGUAAAAUGUUGUAAAGUAAUCUAAACAUUGGUGCACCGGCUGCGACAAGAUGCCGCCAUGUUAUUUAGUUUUGCUGUCAACCAGUGAUCGUGGUUAGCCCUGCAAACUUGGAUGUUUUAUCAUAAUCAUAACAAGAAAUUACGUAGUUAAAAAAUAGAAUUAGCCACGGAGCGCUCAAGUCCAGCGCUGACUGGCGCCAAUCGCCUCAAUGAAUCAUAUAUGCCAGUUCUGGCCAAUGAAAAUGCAAGAAUUGAAUCCUGUGACCUCCAACUGGGAGACACAUGGAGGGGGAUGCAAAGCAAGAUGAGCGUGGCAGCGCCGGUUAAGAAGCAAAGAAAAAAGUCAGACACUAAGCCACAAUCGCAAAUAAAUAAGUGCCACAACGAGAAAAAAAGGCGGGAGCUCGAGAACGAGACUAUUAAUCAGUUGGAGGAGCUGUUAGGGACUUGCCUCGCUGAGGUGAAGCAGCCCGACAAGAACGGCAUCGUCCGCGAGGCGACGCGGCAGAUCCAGGACGUUUUUCAGCGUCGGCGCGAGUGCCCCAGCGAGUGUCCUUUGCGCACCGCUCAGUGCCUAUCACCCGUGCAGGCUGGUGAAGUCAGCUCCACCCAGCCGCAGGCUCUCAGCGUUGGACACCACUACUCAGAGCUCACCACGCUCAUCGAGGCAUUAAAACACUACACUAACAGUCUCGGAUGGGUGUUGCUAGAGAUAAACGCUAAAGGAGAAAUCGAGUGCGUCACCGAAAAUAUAAAAGAUUUCACUCUGCACGACAGAACUGAGCUGUACAAGAAAUCUAUAUUCUCCUGCUUGCAUGUCAACGAUCAUGCGAAGUUGAGACCGUUGCUGAGAAACAUUCAGAAGUUUGCCUGGGGCUCAGGCGAAUUCGACAGGUUUCACGCCAUUCAAGUCAGACUGUUGGUCAAGAAUACUAAUGGGACUGAAGGAGCAAGCUACGUGGAGAGUGUGAUCCACGCUGCGCCGGUGCGCGGCCCGUCGUCGGAGGAGUCCGGCUCCGUCAUGUGCGUCAUCCGGCGCUGCGAGGACGCGUCGGCCGCACUGCUCCCCGUCGACGGCGGUCCGCCCGCCAUCGCCCCCAAGCCCUCCGACCACAUCGUGUUCAGAUUGGACAGCAACUACACCAUACUAUCUUGUGAUUUAAGUGCCGUGGAAAACAAUUUAAACUCUCCCGUGUCCCUCGUCGGUACACGUUAUUUGGAACUAGUUGAAAGUGGUGAUAGACUCCGCGUAGUGUCGCAUUUUCGGGAAGCUCUGUGUUACCCCGCGCCGCCUGCAGUGAGCGACCCCUUCCGCCUGCGCAUCGCUGGCGAUCGGCCGUGGCUCAAAGUGACCGCUCGCUCGCGACUGUUCCGAGCUCAGCCGACUUCGGGCGAUCCCGACUUCAUAAUGUCGACGCACAUCGUUCUCGGCGACGAGGAGCUGGACCUCCUCGAAGCGGAGGCCCCCCGCCCGACAGUGGGCGGGCCCCUCAUGACUUCCGUCGCGAAUGGAGAGGCUUCCACCUGCGAGCCUCGGUACCGUCCCGCGAUGAGUCCCGCCGACCCGCCGCCGUUCUCGAUCAAUGAUUUCGAUCUCGAGCCUUGGACGUCCACGUUCCCGCUCCCCGAGAUGGCGAGCGAUGAUUCAAAGGAUAGGAAAGAACCCUCAGAGGGGCGGUCGACGCCUCUCACGCCGCGCGCUCCGUCUACCCCGGGCGACGUGCCGAUAGCUGGCGCGUCUAACGAGGAACCUAAUAGGUUGCGGCUGUUGCUGAGCAAGAAGCCAACACCGGGGGAAGUGGCUACUAACACUAACAAUCGCAUUCUGAAGGAUUUGUUGAGGCAAGAGGAUGAGGAGGCGACAGGCAGCGAGACUUCUGCGCCGCAUACGCCUCUGACGCCGCAUACGCCGCAUACCCCUCACACGCCCGCUGCGGCGCUAUCACCUUUACACCCGGCGCAGAUGCAUCCCAGGCCGCCUCAUACUGCGCACAACGCGCACGUUGCGCACAACGUGCAACAUGCGCCUCACAAUGCGCACAACGUUCAGCAGCAUUCGCAUAACUCCGAUGUGCUACUUAGGAUAUUGAAUGACAAAACAGAUGAAGAUGCCAGGGAAAGAAGGAAUUCAGGAGAUGGGAGUCGAAGUUCGUCACAGCCUAGUGCAUUAUUAUCGCAGCUAUUAUCUAGUAGUAAUGGGCCUUCAGGCAAUGGACGUUCUCAAGAAGGAAGUGACAACUAUUUGGAAAGGAUUGCCGGUGUCAAACGCAAGUUGGAAGAAGUGAAAGUUGCUGCGAACAGUGUUAAAAGGGCUACCCCUGAAAAUCAACAGGUGACUUCGAGUGCCGUAUCGGCUGCGUCUUCAUCCGCUUCAUCAACAGUUACGUGCCCGGCGACCAGUAUGAGUGCUCUAUGUCAGAAAAACCAGAUCCUAGUGUCGCUAUUAGCCCGCCAGCAGACCACACCCACUACACCGCCCCCGCUGCCCAAUCCGAAUCUUCGCGCGUAUACUGCCGGUGUGAGGCCACGCCCACCCCCGCCCUCGCAUCAGAUGCAGACGCCCAGGCAUCACCACUCUACCAUUACCAGUAUACUGACGGACGCCGCACAUCGAGUGAGCAACUUGAACGGAGGUGCGGUAGGCGGCCCCGGGGGCGGAGGCGGGGUGGGUGGUGACUGCGGCCCCAUGCACGGCGCUCAGAGCCACCUGCAGAUGGUGCUGCAGGGGGGCGCGCGCGCCUCCUACCAGCCGCAGCCCGCGCCGCCGCUGCACUACGCUACCACUGCGCCGCACCACUCCUACAACAACCAGCCGCCAAGUAGUAGUAAUCGUGCACAAGGCGGAGCAGGUGCGGGAGACAGCGAAGUACCUAGCGAUCAAACUCUAUCCGACAUAUUGGACGAGGUUAUUGAAAAUAUGCCUGAUGCUGAUCGAAGCGCGCCCGAGUCUGUAAAAGAAAAAACAGCAAUGAUAAAUGAAAUACGAAGAAGUCUCAUGUUGUGUGAGACGGCCAGUAAAAGUCCCGUGUCGAGUCCAGGAACUCCGCCCGUGUACCCUGUACAAAGUCCGGGGUCGUGCAACAUGGGCGGCAGUAGUGCGGGCAGUAAAGCGAGUGGGGGCUCCACUGCUGGCGGGGCCAUGUACGGUGCGGCGGAGGCGGCCCGAGCGCGUGCUCUCGCUGAGCAACACAACCGCCUACUGCAGAUGCAGCUCACGCAGCAGAUGCUGGUGUCGCCGGAGGCCGCUGAACAACCGCAACAAGACUUGGGUUCUACAAUCAACGCCCUGGUAUCAGGGACACCGCCCAACGUCGCCCUCACUAGGACUGACUAUCAACGUUUAUAUCAUCCCACGAACCAAAUGGGUUCAAAUUAUGGUACAAAUAAAAUCACUACAUCGCAACAAAACCCCAUGCUAAGCCGGCAAUUGAGCGGUUCUGGUUCAAGUGGCUACUCUCAUAGCGUAGCGAUGGCGAGUGGAGUACACACCCCUAUGACCCCACAAUAUCACCGUGCGCCGCGUCCACAAUUAGUGGGCGGUUACUACGAGGACGGCGGCUACUGCGGCGAGUACGCGCGUCGAACGCCGCACGCGCACCCCCACGCGCACCCCACACACGACACGCAGCUGCCCUGCGCUGGCAACGGAGGGGGCGUCGUAGGGGGCGGGGGUGGCGGAACUUCUGAGUACGUACGCAACGAGCUGCGUGCAGUAGUGGGCGCUCGAUCCGCCCGCCCUGACCUACAACCGCAGCUGCAGCCGCCGGACCUCGAUCAGCUGAUGACCUUCGACAUGACUACCUCUGGUGGCGGCAGUGUGGUGGGGGCGCGCGCGUCCUCGACGUCGGCAAACACGUGGGAGUCGCAACAGAGCACCCCGAGUACUACGGAGGCGGGCUCGGUGGAGGCGGGGUCGGCGGCGGGCGGUGAUGAGGCGCCGGCGCCGGCGGCGGGGGCGGGUGCGGGUGCGGGGGCGGGAGCGGGGGCGGGGGCAGCGGGAGCGGGGGCGACUGGAGCGUCGGCUAAAGCUUCGCUUCUACAAAAGUUGCUCUCCCAAUAAGACCAACGCCCCAUACCCCGUUCAUGUUUGCAUUUAUUAUUUCUCGCUGUUUCUGGCAGACGAUCACCACCAACACCGUCGCGCCGAUGGUCGUCGCUCCGAGAUAAUGGUCUACGUGGUACCUCUACGGCUGUAAAUCUCAUUUGCGUGAGAGUAACAUAGUACACGUAUUUAUAAAAAAAACCUCUCUCUUAAGGGUAGUCUAGUAGUGCUAGUGAUAUUUCGAGUUGUAAAAAUAGUUUCAUCGUAGACUUCCUCUUCCCUUGAGUUAUCUCCGAAUGUCUAUCAAAAUUGACUUUCGGAUCUCUGUAUCUAUAUGUUAGUGUUUACUAUUUAUCAUUACGAGAUGCGAUCGAUGCGAAAUACGAUGGUAGCUUCCUGCGACGGAAUAAAAAUAAACGAUUUACAAUAUGAUUGACUCGUACGCCUAGUAUCAUACACCGUGUACAAUAGAAAUAUACCGCGUGCAAUACUGUAUAGAAAUAAAUACAUAUUUUGCGUUGUGAACGUUAUGUAUUAUAGUGUGAAAGUCAGAUGUUACCUGUUAUGACAAAGUAAUUUGUAUUAUAUAAUAAUAUGAUGAAACGGGAAUGAAAAGGUUUUCUCGUAGCAGAAAAUAUUUUUUUAGUGUGUAAAUAAUAUGUUGUUAAAUUAUAGCUGUUGCUUUAUUGUAAAUAUUUUGUUUAAACAUUUCAUUGUGUUUCAUGUACGGUAUAAUUUUCAUGUAAUUUUAAAAUUCCUAAUAAUUUUCGAUUAAUAAACAUUUAAAUUACUUACUUUACGAGUUUACAAAAUUAUCUUUGCAUUUCGAUGAAAGAUUUAUAAUCACAGAUUUUUUUUAUUUAUAACUAAAAUUAAAUAUUUUGAUAUAUCGUAUAUAAUAUAAAUAAAUAAAUAUUUCCAACACUCACCAAUUAGCCUUGACCCAAGUUAAGCACUGUUAGGCUUGUGUUAUGGGAUACUAGGGUAACGGAUAGAAUACAUAUACUGUACAUAUAUAUAAGUACAUAUAUUUAUAUAGAAAUACAUAUUAAACAUCCAUGACUGGAGUACAAAUGCUCGUCUUCAUCACACAAAAAUCUGCCCCCACCGGGAUUCGAACCCGGGGCCUCUCGAGUAGGCGACACCAUGAAACCCGGCGUACAAACGCAGGUCGUCCUGCCUGGGUAGUUAUAUAUUUUCUUCAAUUAUCCAAUACGAAUUCUGAAUCAAUGUUAUAUGUAUUUAGUGAUAUAUUUUUAUAAUACGAAUACCAUUGAAAUUCUUAUGAAGCCAGAAAACAUACUCACGAAAAACUAAAAACGCAUCGAAAUUGUUUUAAUAAACUUGUUGUAACUUCAAGCUAAUAAUUGAAAAAUAUGUUGUUUAGGCCUGUUGCUCUUUUUUGUUCCGAAUUCAUGUAAUGAUUGUGACGUGAAUUUGUGUGAUAAUCUACUUUUUUAUGUUAAAGAGACCUGCCUGGUUUGUGUUAUAUUUGUCUCAAAAUAUGUUAUCUGUGAUUAUAAAUAAAGUUUGAUGUUGAGCGGUCGAAAACCCCCUUUAUUAUUUCGCUUAAAUCCUCUUCUGUUCUAUUUGUAGACAUUACCAUAUACUUUGAGGAAAAAAUCUUUUCAUAUCAAUGAUAUGCUUAUGGGUUACAUCAACCAUUGAAUGAAUGACCACGAGUAUUGACCAUUCGUGAAUUUUGUUAAUUUCCUUAUCACUACGUUUAUUUUCUCUAGCUGUAAAAUAUUUCUUAGGGUAUCAUUAUUUUUCUUAGAUAAACUUGGGAUGUUUUGUACGACUGUACAUUGUAAGUACUUUAUGUAUGUUUUUAUAUUGGGAAAGGAACAUGUGUGAUCUGACAUUUCAAAAUGCAUGUCACUCGAUGAUAACGUAACGAUGUUAGUUACUUAAUCGGAGAGCAAUGUUUACUGCGCGCUGGUUAUGAAAUAAAAAUGUAGUGUUUAAUGUCAUUUCGUAUCAUUAAAAUUAGAAUAUUCGGCACCGAAAUUGUAACAGCAACCUUGCUCUUUCUCAUAGUGAUACAAUGCUCACGUUUCCUGAAUUAUCGAAGGAGAUCUAGUAAACAUUAUUGUAAUACAGAUUCGCUAUUGAUAUUGCGUGUAGUACAAUACAUUUACAUUUAACAUUACUAAAUGUAGGAUUGCACAAUUAAAAUCAUAUUAAUAAAUUACUACUGUUGUGUGUAAUAUCGUUAUCGAUGCUCCUUACGGUGGCACUCUGAGACCUCGAUUGACUUUUAAGUUUUGUUAAAGUUUGUGUUGUCACUUUCUUUGCGACAACAAUUAGAAAAGUACAACACGUGACUUGAUGAAGUGAUAAAUUUAAUGUACGGCUCUUGAGUGCGACCGCAAUAGCUAUAUUUAUAAUGGAUGUGAUGUCAUGAUGUGCGUAAUAUUAAAUAACGAUACAAUAUAGUGUGUGCAAUCUUAUUCUACACUAAAAUGUUUAGAUGAUGUCAAUGAAUGUUGAAAUUUGAUCCCUAACUUGUUGCAUUUGGGACCACAGUUCUUGCAUGAAAUCUCCUUGCAGCAUAAAUUGUCACCUAGUGCGUCCUACCUUACAUAUACCUUUCUCCCAUUAUUGAUAAUCGAAGUCAAAUCUAUCUUGGACUUGUUACUCUGUGUUUUGUCCCUGUUCAUGAUAUAAAGACGUAGUUUGACUGAUGUGAACAAAACAUGGCGUAGUUAGUAUUAGAGGGGUUCUUGUUUCACAUGUAGUACUUUACCUUUUAGGUAUAAACUUUGUUAAGGUCUUACGGGAAUCGUAACUUAAAAUGACUUGUAAUAUAAAUAUUAGGCGUGUGACAUGCAUGUAAUGCACGGGUAUAAAUGUCAACGUUGUAUAAAAAAUUCGUAGCUUCAAGUAUGUAAUUGCGUUCUUUGUAUUUUCAUCAAAUGAAUUUCUAUAUGCAACUUUCCGGAGAGGAGAACUUAAUGCGGACAUAAAGUACUUAAAAUAACGGGGGUCGCUUUUAGCUCUUAUCUGUGUCUAUUAAAUUCUUUUAUUGACAGUUUCUUCUCCUAACACCUACAGAUAGUAGACUGAAACCAAAAUGUGUGACGAACGUACAAAUGAUUAUGUAGAUUACCAUAAAACCGACUUAAUAUAAACAACAUAUUUUUGUACCAUUAUGAAGUAAAUAGUUGAAUAGCAUGAACUACUGACCGACUUUAUUGCCAUCUGAAGUAGGUAGACGUAAAACCAAUAAACAUGCCUAGUGAGAAUUAGCUUUAUCUAUCGUCCCAAACAGUAGCAAUAUUACUUCAAUUUUCAUUCCAUUUUUUUUGUUACGGUGGCCAGUACGGAAAAUAUCGGCCGAUAGGGAUUAUCGAAUAAGCAAAGUACAAGUGAUGGCCUUGAACGUGAUGCAAAUAGUUGAAUAGACAUAUAGUCGCGUCUCCCUACAAUAUGAAUUAACAUAACAAUGAUGCACAAGUGAAGUAGCAUUCCUUUUUCUGCGGCAACUUUGUAUCGAAGGCUGUGCUGUGGGCUCCUAUAAAAUACACGAUGGAAAUAUUCCCUAAUACCAAAGGCGAAAAAGAAAAAUACUUUGUGACCGCGGCGAAAAGGUUAAUGCCAUCACUUCAAAGUUUCAUUAUUCUCAUCGAUUAAUUAUUAUUACACAGAAUAUGGUUAUAUUUUUUACAGAUUUACGAGGACAGAAGUAGACUAUCUAAUAACAAUAAAUAAAUAAUUAUGGUGUUUGUAAACACGUCCAUUGCAUGUAUAAAAAAAUGGUUUUUCAUUAUUAAUAAAACGUAAGUGAGUCUUUGAUGAAUAGGUGCCUGAAAUUAUAGAUGAGAUAUUUUUCAAAUUCACAUUCGAUAUAAUAAAAUUGAUAUUAAUAAAAAUACUAAAACACAUUCAUAAAUUAGAAUCGUUAUGUCAUAAGUCUGCAAACGCAUACUAAAUUCUAUUAAAUUGCAUAUUGUAUUAAUAACGUUCUAAGAGAUAUAGUAUAAUUAAAUUGUAAUAAUUCAUAUUUGGAUCGAAAAUUAUCGUGACAAUAGGUAAGAAUGCUAUCAGUGGGGCAAUGAAUAAAACGAUUGGGCAACGUAACUCACUUGGAUUUAAAAUGAUUACUAGUAAAUAAAUAAUCGACUGACGGUUACGGAUAAAUUGCUACAAAAUCUUAAAACAAAAACGCGUCUUGUUCAAAUCAUACAACAUUGGUUAAAAUAAACGUCUUCCAAGGAAGAGCCGAUUAAUGAAUAUACAAAGGCAAGUAUAACAAUAAUCCUUAUGAUAAACUCGUUUUACGAUUAGAUUAAAGACAUAAUAUAUGAUCAUCAAUCAGAUCUGGGGGCCAAUCGCCUAACAGGAUUGCAACGACUAUCGCUAUCGCUUACGAUUUCAUUUUGUUAUUUCUGACCGCCGAAGAUUUUCAAAUGCUUCGCGUUCGUCUUUUUUCUUUUGCAUUGGUAAUAACAACAUUGGUAAUAAAGAAAAUGAGCGUGAGGUAUUUGAAAACUUUCAGUGGUCAGAAAUAACAAAAUGAAACAGUAAGCGAUAGAAUAGCCAUAGCAAUUCCUUUAGGCAAUUGACCCCCUGUUUGUAAUCAUAAACACCAACGAAGUGAUAUUCCUAAUACACAAAUAUUUUGAUAAAGCAAGAAAUAAACUCAUUUUUAGACUUUUUAAAAUAGAUAUUGCAAAUACAUAAUAUAUCUAAAAUAUUAUAGUGAGUGGAGGUAUAUAGAAUUUAUACCAAAUUUUGCAAAUAUAAUAUUAACAGUUCAAAAAUAAAUUGUACAAAAUUGAAAUAAUACGAAUCAGUGCUGGUAAGCAUUUUUUUAAUAUUGUCUCCUCAUACCUAAUGAAUAAUGAUACAAUAGCUUACUUAUUAUACGAAGUCAUUCAUUUAAAAUUUCCAUUUUAUGAAUAAAUAUUGACAUGUUGCGAGUUAUUAAUGGUAAUGUCGAAAAAUAUAAUUAAGGGCAUGAUUUAGAUUUUACACUACAUACUUACUAAUUAUAUAACAAUUCUGGAGAAAUUGGUCUAUAUUGAAAUGUUAUGUAUAAAUGGAAUUCUAUGUAAGAACAUUGAUUAUAAUGAUCUAAAAUUAAGGAUUAAUUAGGCCAAUGCUACAGAGUAAGUUAACCUAAUUAAAUAAUUCAAUUAAUAGGGUCCAAACUUUCCAUCCAAAUGUUGCAGAAAAAUAAAAUUGGACUGUAUAUUAAAAUGUGAUAAGUCGAUAUAAUAGAAAUAUUUUUAUAUCAUGACAAUUCACUCUGUGGCAAUGGACUAAUAAUUCACUUGGCUUAUGUAACUAGAAACAUGGAUGUGUACGGGAAUCUUUGUUUCGAAGGGAGAAAGCAUAAUUAGUUUCAGAUAAUUCAGUUUUUAUUUUUAUUAUAGACAUUUUAUAUUUUCCAAUUAAAGAUUAAAACAGAAAUAUAUAUAUGUAAGAUUGUGUGAUAAAUAUUUAUUUGUAGUGAGAUGACAGUCGCUAACACACUGAGGUAUAUCCCGUACAAAGAUGAUUUUAUUUUUUGUAUAAAAUCGUGCCUCUCGUCUUGGCCUGUCGUCUGUGAUCAAGGGUAUUUUUAUAUUUUGUACAUUUCUUAGGUUUAACAUUCUAUUCUUGAUAAACAAACUAAUUAUGUUUUACCAAAACAUUGCAAAGUGAUUUUAGAAGUUAGACACUUGUCGGAGAGUUACAGCAGAUAUAACAAAUAAUGAUUUUUGAAUAGACAUAGUAUUCUCAUUGUGUACCGAUCGUCCAGUCAACAGCAGCGGCGAUGACAGCAGGCUGGAGUGUUUGAGCUAGUCUUAUAUUAACGCUCUAUCUUUUCGACGAGUGUCUGAUAAAUCUGUGUUAUUUAGUUGUCAGAUGUUAGUUAAGGCCUUUUGUGUUGCUGUGCAUUUCUACGCAUUGUAUGUAUGUAUGUUUAUAUACUGUAAAUAGCUAAAAUACAUAUAUUUUUACGACUAGAUUACACAACCAAAGUUGUUAUAAAGUGAUGGUUGAUUAAAUAAUAAAUAUAAUAUAGGUCGUUACGUUUAUUUUAGAAAUGAUACAGACGAACUGUGAAACAAUAUCUUGUGGAAGCCUUUUACACAACCGCCCUAAAAUAAAAUACGAAUUUAUUAUUUUGGUAAUAAAAAUAUAACGACACGUGACAAAAAAUUGAGAAUAAAAAUAGUAUAAAUGAACAGCAUUGUUGACUGCGGCUUAGGCUCCUUUUGUUCCUAGAAGCUUAUUCUUAUAAUUAUCCACUACUUGUAUUUGUCAAUUAUUGGAACCGAAAUACAGUACUGUUUUCUCCCAAUCAUCAAUAAUAUGUCUCAUUUGUUGAUAAAUCAGGCGUUAUGAGUACAUUACAUUAAGUUGUAUUUUUUUGUACAUUUUAGAUUCGAAAAUAUAUUAAUAUCUAAAGGAAAAGUGUUUCAUUUCUAAUUAAGUCUAAACCAUUUUACAAAAUUGAAAUCAGUCGUUGUUCUAUUUUAGAAUAUUUCGAUACUUGAUGUUAUUCAUUUCACACGCACUAAUUAAAAUUAGCAGCUCUCAGGAGUAAUUUAGCUACGGGAGGUGAAGUGUUCAUUCAUUCGUAAUGUUGAACUCCAUACAGGCAGUGAGAUGCAUCGCUCGUCAUAUUUUUCAAUAGAAAUAGGUUUAAACCAGCGGCCAAAUUAUGAAAUAUUCAGAUGAAUAUUCCUUCGAAGAUGACUUUAUUUUGAAGCACACUUUUACUGAGUUAGUACUGUUUAUAACAAUUGCAAUUUUAGUGGUUAUAGUUUAUAAAAUUGUAUUUUCUAUAAUCGAUAUGAAAUGGUUACAGUGGUUUAAAAGGAAAAAUAAGUACUUGUAUUUGGAUCAGCAGCUGGUAAGUCGUUUAAUUUUUGUUUUUUCACCUGUUCUCAGUUCUUUUUGCAGUAGUAUUCUAGACUUGUAAUUGUGAUAAAUAGUAUGCCUG